AUGAUCACCGCGCGCGCGCCUGUGGUGGCGCCCGCGUCGUCGCGCGCGCGCGCGCGAGGGGGGCGCGGCGACGCGCGAGGGCGGUGCGAAGGGGUCGCGCGCGGGGUCGCGCCGCGCCUGGGACCGAGCGAACUCGCGCAGGUGAGCGCGAAGACGACGGUGGUGGGGACGCCGGCGACGCCGCGCGCGACGCCGCCGGCGACGGUGAUCGGUGCCGGCGUCGCCGUCGCCGCGCUCGGCGUCGCGCUCGCGGCGAAGAAGGCGACGACGGACGCGCCCGCGCUCGCGAAGAAGCAAAAGAGGAUCGUCAUCGCGGGCGCCCCGGCGAGUGGGAAGGGGACGCAGUGCGAGAUGAUUGUGAAAAAGUUUGGUCUCACGCACAUCUCCGCCGGUGAUCUCCUCCGCGCCGCGGUCGCCGCGGGCACGGAGGCGGGGAAGAAGGCGAAGGAGUACAUGGACCGAGGGGACUUGGUGCCGAACGACGUCGUCGUCACCAUGGUGAAGGAUCGCCUCGCGCAACCGGACUGCGCCAAGGGGUGGUUAUUGGACGGUUAUCCGAGAAGCGAAGAGCAAGCCCAGGCGCUGAUCGAGAGCGGGAUCAAUCCAGAUCUUUUCCUGUUGCUCGACGUUCCAGAUGAAAUUUUAAUCGACCGCGUCGUCGGCCGCCGCUUGGAUCCAGUGGACGGCACGAUUUACCACAUGACUUUCUUCCCGCCGCCGACGCCGGAAAUUGCGGCGCGCUUGACCCAACGCAGCGACGAUACCGAGGAGAAGGCGGCGAACCGUUUGGCGGUUCACCACCGCAACGUGGACGCCGUCGUCGGCAAGUACGCGAACAUCAUGAAGAAUGUCGACGGUAACCGAGCCAAGCAAGACGUCUUCAAGGACAUCGAGCGACUUAUUAAGGCUAUGUGA